AAUUAAUCUCUAUGCUUCUCUCUCUGCAAUUACUCUUUGAGAGCAUCUCUCUCUAGAAUAUUGAGUAUUGCUGACUUGAGCGUUGGAGUGUUUUCCCCGAGGAAACAUCCUCGGGAUUUUCAGGUGUAGAAGCAGCUAAGGACUUCAACAGUGUUGGAUCGCGAAGCUGCCGAAACAGUUUGUUACUCAAUUUGCAGUUUGAGGAGAAAGCUUGAUAAGCAUGCUACGCUGUAAUGAACAUCACCUCCAAACUGGCCAUGGAAUCCGGCAUGAAACCUCUUGUUCUCGUUGCUUACCGUCAAAUCUUUUCCGUUAUUCUAGUCGUCCCCUUUGCUUUUUUCAUGGAGUGGAAAGAGUUGUCUUUUUUGAAGAAUUUAAUAUAAAGUUCAUUGGAAUUAUUGAACUUUUCUCAGAAAUUUGUUGUACUAUUGAAAGAAAAAGUGAAGUUGAGC